AGAUUGUGGAUUCAUUCUCUUUUGUUGGGCAUAUCCUCCAUAAAUUACAGUAACUUGCUUCUCAGUAAGCUAGCUUAACCAAAUAGCAAAACUAAUGGUGGACGAGGUGAUUCUUCUCGGUUAUUGGCCGAGUACAUUCGGAGUGAGGACGAGAAUUGCUCUAGAAGAGAAAGACAUUAAAUUUGACUAUAGAGAACAAGAUCUGUUUAAUAAAAGCUCCUUGCUCCUAGAGAUGAACCCGGUUCAUAAGAAAAUACCGGUUCUCAUCCACAAUGGCAAACCAGUCUGUGAAUCUCUUAUCCAGGUCGAGUACAUUGACGAAACUUGGCCAGGUAAAAUUCCACUCCUUCCUUCUGAUCCUUACCAAAGAGCUCAGGCCAAGUUUUGGGGAGACUUCAUCGACAAAAUGGUGCCCGGGCUAGUGAGGUUGAUGUGGGGAGCGAAAGGGGAGGAGCAAGAGGCGGGGAAGAAGGAGUUCAUAGAGAUGCUCAAGACGGUAGAGUCGGAGCUUGGAGACAAGACUUACUUCGGAGGCGAAGCAUUCGGUUAUGUGGACAUAGCUCUGAUUGGAUACUACUGCUGGUUCGACGCUUUUGAGAAGUAUGGGAAUUUUAGCAUCGAAGCACAGUGUCCUAAAAUUAUUGCUUGGGCUAAAAGUUGUAUAAAGAGAGACAGUGUGGCUAAGUCUCUUCCUGAUUCAGAGAAGGUCACUGAGCUCGUUCCUGAGCUAAAGAAAAAAAUGGGUAUCGAGUAGAUCUAUAAUAAUAUCAUUUAUGUUCUGUCUUUUUCUUUUCUUUUCAGUUUUUGUUUUGUUCCAGCUUUGUUUGAAAUCAUUAUAAUAAUACAAACAUCCUCCAGUUGUUUCACUAUGAGAAAUGCUUUAAUGGUUCUUCGUUUUC